AAUAUACGUAUGUUAUAAAAACAAUUUUAUUUGAAAAGCAGAGGCAAAUUCAAACAUUUUAGUCUUUUAAUAAACUGUCAUUUUUAUUAUUAUAUGUUAUUAUAACAUUUUUUAAUACUUCAUACAUUCGUAAAUAAUAAGUCAUAGUAAAUACCCUCGAUUGCCUCAAUCCUCUCGCGGAAGAAUUACUUAAAGUUUAUGUCGACAAUAGUUUUUCGUUAUAUGAAAAUAAACGUAAACCUUAUACAUAAACAAUUAAAACAUCAUAAUCUAUCUUCUUUCUAUUCGAAAACUAACGUUAUCGUAUCACUAUAAAUUCCCAUAAAUUCAAAUCAACUUGAAAUGAAUUGUAAGUAUGGUAAAUUUGGAUAGUAACAUUUUUAUUAUAUUCUUCAUUAGGAUAAUCCUAAUCACUUUUUAUUACACAUAUACAUGGCUUAGUUUUCAAAAUACAUUCAACAAAAACAUUAAGUUUACACAGUUUAAACUGCUAGUUAGUACUGUUAUUUAUUUUAUUUAAAUAUUACACUAAUCUUGAUUUUGUUCAUUGCAUUUCUUUUUUACACUUUUUCCUCCCUUGCUUCAUUAAAAAAAUUGUUUAUCCCUCUGCCACAACCAUUGCCAAAAAGAAACUAACAUUAAAAAUAAGAAGACGAAAAUAAUACGUGUUAAUAAGAUGAGAAUUUGUGAUUUAAAAAAUAUAUAUUCAAUAUAAUUAUUAUUGUAAUCCUUUGUACUUAAUCUGCUUUAUUCAUUCCAUUUUUCAUUCAUUAUCGAUUAAGAACGCCAACGAUACGUAUAGAUGUUUUAUUUUGUAGAAAUUUGUUGUACAUUACAUAUAUUGUACGUAGUAUGAUAUAAAAUAUUGUUUAUUUUUUUCAUAACUUGACGUUGCGGAUAAUACCGUUCAAUUAUUGCUUAAAUCUUAAUAUACGAUAGAUAACGCGAAUUCAUGUCUUUCUGAGAUAAUGUAAUGUUGAUGUAAGUGUAUCACGAAAGUGUAAAAAUAAAAUGUUUAAUAAUAAUUCAUACAGAGGUAAUUAGAGAAUGAAAAUUCGAUGUGCGUCAGUCUAGUUAUUACUUUUUACAAUGUACGUAUUUUAUUCUGCACAACGUGGCACGUUGGGUAUUCUUUACGCUUUUCUUAUGAAAUUACGUAAUAUGUUUACGUCUGUUAUAUCGUUUGUGAUAUAAUGCUUAAACUUAUCCUAAAUCGCGAAGAGCACAACAAAACGUUGGAUUUUUUCUCCAAGAUGGGUAUUUUACACUUUACGUGACACGAUAUCCCAUAAGAUGUUAUGCCUGCGCUACAUUUUCUAUAUCAGAACGCUUCUUCACGUAUGAUCACAUUUCACUUCCUGAUAGUAAGUGCUCGAACCAUUGCAUGUCAUAGCUUGGUAAAUAAACAGCAUCGAAACAACUAUUACGUACGCUUAUGUCAGUACGAUCGCUAGCGUUAUGCAAAACCAUAACAAUCCAUGUAACUCGCUAUACAUUUCCAAUAUAUUUUCAUCUUUGCUAAUUGCUAUAGGAAUAUCUACAUAUUUAAGAAUUUUUUAGUAUUGUAAAUUGGCUUUCUCAAGUUUGAGUAUAAUUAUUAGUGAUAAUAUCGACAAGACAAUAAAAUGGCAAAAUAAAAUUGACAAGUGUAGCGUUUGUUAAUUGUCAGUACGUAAUACUAACGUAGUAUAGCGUCCAAUAUAAUUCGUAAUCUGAUAUCCUUGUUUUUUGAAAAUAUAUAUAUAAUAAAUCUCGAUGCGUAACUGUAAGACUUAUUCGAGAUUAAGAGUAGGAAAAAAAGAAAUUUCCUAAUUAUUUGUUACGUAGAUCGGUGAUGUAAGAUAGAAACAGUUACCUGGAAUAUACUGAUUGAUUAGAAAAUAAGAUAUGAUUAUAUAUUUUUAAUAAAUUUGAAGAAUAUUACCGAUUAAUAAUAUAAUUUUUGUUCGAAAUAUUACACGAUGUCAUCGCUCGUUUGCUUUAAUAAUGUUAAAUUAUUGAUUAUCCAGUUAGAUUUAAGAGCAACGAAAGAUAAGAAUUAUUUAAAUUUCCAAUUAACUAAUUUCCUUUAACCUAUGUAUUUAUAUUGACCGUAGACUUGUAGUAUAAUUAUGAAUUUGAUGAAUUACUAAAUUUAAAAUGCGAACUGUAAGGGAGAAUAUAUAGAACUUUCAUUUCUAUAUGGAGCCACGAUUUUCGGGACGUUUUGUAAGAAUCGUAGAAAAGUAAGAUAGUAGAGAAAAAAAAAGAAAAAGUCGUUACGAAAUGUACUACUACAGUGCAUCGUUUAAGUUUAAGUGAACGAUGAUAUCAACCGACGAUCUUACCUAUAAAAGACGAGCAAUUAGGUGAACCAUGGUAUUCGAUGGUUUGCUGCAAAGUGACGGAACAGUUUUUUACGUAUCUUUCGUUAGGCAAUUUAUUCGAUCGAUUUAACUAAGAAAGGUAUUUAAAAAAGGCGAGAUUCGUCCCUGAAAGGGACUUUAUUCCUUUGCCUUGAGUCUGCUGGCAUAAGCCAUAAGGCCCAUAAGCUACCGCGUGAGUACCGAAGGCGGAGGUAGAAGAAAGGUGCAAGUGGAAAUUAUAAAAGAGCGGUCGCAAGCCAAGAGGAAACAGUCUCCUCCAAGUGUUCACCUGUGCAACUACAACUCGGAAUUUCCACCGAAAUUCGAAUAUCGAAAUAUCCGAUAUCGAAAAUUUAAAGCUGCCUGUUGUUGGAGACAAAUCAAAGUUACGAGAUGGGAGCGAUCGAAUGGGUAACCGAGGGCGAUGACUACGAAUGCAGCCUGUCGACGGAAACGCAGAAACUGGCGAAGGAGGAACUCAGAGAAGAUAAAAAUACGAGAGACCAAGCUCUUGAGCAAAUACGUAACUGGAUAAAACUGAAUCCGCGUAUACAAAACUGUCGCCUCGAUGCACAAUUUUUAUUAAGAUUCCUAAGAUGUAAAAAAUUCAACGUUCCGAUGGCGGAAGAGGCGAUCGAAAGGUAUUUGCUGCUGCGCCAAGUUUACCACCCCGCGUUCAAUAACUUGGACAUUACCGAACCAACUAUGGAAGAACUAUUAUCUUUGGGAUAUAUAUUUGCUGCACCUGGACGCGAUGCCAAAGGCCGCCGUGUUAUAAUUGCCAGACCAGGCGUCUUUGAUCCCCAUAAGUAUACCAAUGCCGACAUGUGUAGAAUUCACGCGAUAACAUACGAGUGUUUGAUGGAAGAUGAGGAAAGUCAAGUACGGGGUUUCGUUCAUUUCGCCGAUGGGGCCGGUGUCAGUUUCCCCCAUUUGACACUUUUUACACCGAAGGAGGCGGUCCGCAUCGUGAAGAAUGGCGAGCGAACUAUACCCAUGCGGCAUAAGGAAGUUCACGCGAUUAACACACAUCCUUCUUUGAAAUUCGCGCUUGACUUUGGUAUGUCAUUGAUCUCCGAAAAGAUAAAAAAACGCGUCAAGAUCUACACCAGUCUAGAAGACGCUAUCAACCAUAAAAUGGAUACGAGUAUGUUACCUAAAGAGUAUGGCGGUACGAUGCCAAUGAAAGAAAUGAUUGAACUAUGGAAGAAAGAAUUGCUAGAAAUGAGACCGACGUUAUUGAGCCACGAUAAGAUGAGAGUGUGUUUGGAUUUAUACUCGGAGAAGGCUCGAGAAGGUGCGGUAUCGGCCUUGAAACAAGGCUUUGGUUGUUCCGAUAUCGGUUCCAGUGAUUCCACCAUGUACGGUAUUACGGGUUCUUUCAGAAAGCUCGAAGUCGAUUGAUUAAGAAGUCAUGUUAUUGAUAAUAAUAAACUAUAUAAACGAUAUUUACCAUAUCGAUAGGAUAAAGUUAUCGAUACCUUUGUUGUAGCGAAUUAUCAGAGCUACAACAAGAUACGUUAUCCUAGCGAUUAUUGUAGCUGUAAGAGCUUAUUAAGAUAUUAUUCAGAAAUGUAAAAGAGACAACAAUGAAAUUUCGAUCUCGAUCGACGCGACUAGCUUUUGUGUUCGAUGAAUCUUAAAGUUCGAUAUAUAAAUGAAAUAAUUGUAGUCCCUACACCUU